UGUUAUCAUCGGCCAGGAGAGGGGAGGAGGGAUUACAAGACCAGCCGGCUGAACAUCCUGCAAGCACAUCUGAGACGCUGCACAAAAACUCUGCGCAGACCCACAAGCCCACGACCCAAGCCGGCUAAAAGGAAUGCAGCCUGGGUCCAUUCACACAGUGGUGAAAAGUUGUGUUGAAGUCGGGUAGACGUCGUUGUGUGCCGGAGCGAGCCUACAGGUUGUCGUCGGUCCGGCUGGAUUUAUGUGUUUGUUAUUUUUGAGCGCACGGCUGUGGGACGUCCGGAAUGGGGGAUCCGUAGACGGAGACGCGCAAACAGACGCGCGCAAGAUGGACCUGAAGUGGACGACAUUUGGAAGGUUCAUGAAUACCAGGGUGCCAGCCAAUGAGAGAUACCAGCCAACUGAAUACGAACAUGCUGCUAACUGUGCCACACACGGGUUCUGGAUCCUACCGAGCUUGCUGGGUGGUUCCAUGCUGUACUUCCUGUCAGGUGACCAAUGGCAUCGUGUUGCUGCCUGGCUUUACGGCAGCGGACUCACUGGUCUCUUUGUCACCUCAACGCUCUUCCACGCUACUGCCUGGAAAAUAAGCCACCUCAGGAAGGUGGAGCAACUUUUCCAUAUGUGUGACCGAAUGGCCAUCUACUUCUUCAUAGCCGCGUCCUACUCUCCCUGGUUGAUGCUGAGGGAGCUGGGCCCGUGGGCGUGCCACAUGCGCUGGCUGAUCUGGGUCAUGGCUUGUUUUGGGUCCAUCUACGUCUUCUUCUUCCAUGAGCGGUACAAGCUGGUAGAGUUGCUGGGAUAUGUAGCCAUGGGAGCUGUUCCUGCUCUGGUUAUCUUGUCUACGGUGGACCACGCAGGUGUGUGUGAACUCGCCAUGGGAGGGGUCUUCUACGUUGUGGGUGUGGUCUUCUUCAAGAGUGACGGCUUUGUCCCUUUCGCCCACGCUAUUUGGCAUCUUUUCGUGGCAGCCGGAGCAGGCAUUCACUACUACGCCAUCUGGAGGUACCUCUACUUGCCUCGGCAACUUAUGGAGACCUCCAGGUGACGGCGCGCUGCUCUCACGCUGAGAGAAUUCAUCCCAUGUUACUGGCAGAGAAAACACAAGCUCAGUGGUGGAAAAGAAAGUGGUCUUAAGUAAAUAGUUUACAUGCUAUUUGAUAGGUAAGAGCUGAUAAACCUGACUGUUCUACACUUGACCUCAACCAUGAUAAAGCACAGUGAGUUUAAUAUGAAUCAGUAAUUCUGCUUCUGUAAUCAUUUUGGAAGGACCAAUCAUAGGUAGUAAUAAAGUAAUUUUAAUUACCUCAUAGGUACCAAUAUCAACUUGCAAAGAUGUUGAGAUGACCAAUAUUUGGUCAAAUCAGGACAAAAAUCUUUGUAGCGAGAGAAGGCAGAGACAUAAAUUUGUCAUGAGUUUUAUCUUACAUCAUCUGCACCAAGUCGAAGGGUGUAGAACAGUGGUUCUCAAACGUUUGACACAAAGUGCACCUAAAAAAUUCUUAGCUCUCCAAGUAUCACUGUAAUGACUAACAUGAAAAGACAGUAGCGUGUUCAUUCAAAAUUAGGCGUAUUUUAUCCCUAAAAAAACCCCAAAAAAACAGAGGCCACAUUAACAUUAUGUAGAGUUUAAACAUUAAUUCUGGCCUUAAAUAUAGGAAAGUAACUAUACUUAAAUAAUGAUACAAUGAAAAUGUACUGCAUAAAAAGCAGAGUGUUAGUUUUUUUUAAACAAAUAGUUCAAAAAGAUUAAAUGCAAAGGUAUUGUACUUAAAAGUGAAAUACAACUGAACUGUACCUAUAAAAUGUAGUGGAUUUAAAAAAAAAAAAAAAAAAAAAGUUGAAGCUACUGUAACAUUAUGCAGUUUGAACAAUUCAUGCAGUGGUACUUUACUAGUGGGAGCUCACGUGCCACUCAUGGUACUUGCACCACACUUUGAGAACAACUGAUGGAGAGCAUCUCUUGCUCAUGUUGUACUAAUUGCAUCCUGGUAGUUUUAAGGCAGAAAAUAAGGCAACAACAAUUAGUUCUCUUGCAACUACUGUAUUUAGGAGCCCUUUGUAUCACCUCCACUAAAAAUGUACCAAAAUUGACCACUAUUUUCAACUUUUGUUCAUUUUGAAUAGCUGAAUAACAUCAAAAUGGAGCGUCAAACCCACAAGCAACACACUUUGCAGUAAGAGUUCAGUUUCUCAAGUCAGUUCAAAUUUCUAUGCAAGCGUAAACAAUGCUCAUUUUAAGUGGGGAGUUUUUAAAAAUCCAACAAUGACAAUGAUUUUAUGAAGACCGAUUGCAUUAAAGAUGAGGUAAUCUCCCAUUGGCAACUGUAAUCUGGUGUUCUUGGUAUAGUUUACCUUUUUUUUUUUGUUAAAACUGUAAGCACUUUCUAAUAGUCAAUGUCUGUAUUUCCAGAACUCCUCCAAAUGUUGUUAUACAAACAUUUCACCUAUUUUCUUACUGGCCACUCUGUAGGCUCCGGAGACUUUGUUUUUCUUUUUUAUACAAAUCAGAUGAUCAUUGUUGUACAUAAUUUAUUUCUGAUAAAUCACGUUAAAGAAUAAAGAAGAGAUAAUAUAGUA